UAAUACAUAUACAUAACUUUAAAAAUUUUUUCUUAAAUUGAUAAAAUUUGAUGAAUAAAUUUUAAAAAUCAUAAUUUUAAUAUGAGGAAUAUAAAUAAUACAUAGAGUAGAAUCGAAAGUUAUGCAUGUUUAAAAAUACUUUAUUUUACAGGUUACAUUGAUUUAUAAUAAUAAAUAUAUAUAAUCAUUAAGUUUAAAAAUAUUUAUAAUAUAUAUUUUUUUAUGAAACGAUUAUAUAUAUUAUGAAAUUAUUGAAAUUAUUAUUUGAUAAAUUAAUAUUUAUAUGAAAUAGUAUUAGAAUUUAUAAGGAAUAUAUUUUUAUUUAUACCAUACCACAUUUAUACUAUAUAAUAUUGAAUAUAAAUCAUGUAAUUUUAUACGUUUCGAUUAUUUUAUAUAUAUAUAUAUAUAUAUAUUUCAUUAUAAUGAGUAAAAAAAACAUUAAUAAUGAAUUGAAUUAUUUUGUUUCUAGCACUUCUUAUUUCAUAAUAUUAUUCUAUUACUUAAUGUUACAUCAUGGAGAAAACUAUGUUGUUAAUCUAUGAUCCAUGUUUCAAAACACAAAUGUAUAAAUCAACCAGAAGUUUCUUGAUUGACCUUGAUAGUGAUUGUAUAUUAUAAUUGUAAUUUUCAAGAAUUAAACUGAAACACGACGGAUUGUCUAUAUUGCCUUUUUUUAUAGAAUAAUUUAGUUUUGUUAUAUUGGCCUUUUAGAUGUUUGAUAUUUGAUAACAUAACCAAUAAAAGGCUACUAGAGUGUGAAACAAUAUUUGUUUCAUUUUUCUCAUGGGCUUUAUCGAUGAUGAAUUGCAAGAAAUAUCAAAACUUUGUCAAAAUGUUGUUGAUGGUAGUCGCCUCGUUUCUUGUGUACGCACGAUGGUGCGAGUGGAAAUAACAAAAACAAAGUUCAAAACAAUUGUCGCGUGCAUCCAAUUUUCUAAAGACUAUCCCUAUACUCCAUUAUUAAUUGAGUUGAAAAGCAAAACUCUAUCUGUGAAAUUGCUUGAUGGUUUAACAGAAGUCUGUGAAAAGGAAUGCAAAAAAUUAUUAGGAAAAGCUCAGGUGUUGCCAAUAUUAAAGUUCAUUCGUAACUUUAUUGAUGAAAAUCCUUUAAUUUGUUGCUAUGAUGAAAUCUCAGGCAUAAAAAAUAUCUUAGAAAAUAGUGAUGAAUUAAAAUUGAAACAGAAACAUUCUUGUAUUGGUUUGAAAGUUCAACAAGGAUUAUAUUAUUUCAAGGCCAAAAUUGAAAUACCAGAUAAUUAUCCAGUUGCUUGUGUAAAAUUGGAAGAUGCAGAUACAAAUUUUCCUCCAUUGUUUACACGUCACUUCAUUGGUCAAGGAAAAGAAUUAGCUAGACAAUGCGUAGAACCACCACUUAACAAAAAACAACAAAUACCUUUUACACCUUCACCAUCCUUAAAAGUUGUUACUACUUUCCUUAUAAAGUGUGUAAAAACAUUACCACAAGAACGUUGUCAAUCAUGCAGACAAAUAUGUUUGCCAACCAAUCCAGAAAAUGCAGAAAUAAACGAAACUGCAAAUAUGCAUGUAGAAAGACUUUAUUGUGGACAUUUAUUUCAUUUACAAUGUCUUGUAACAUUCAUGAAGACUCCUCCAUUCCAUGGGGGUAAAAAAUGUCCAACUUGUGGACAACGUAUUUAUCACGAAAAAUGGGGAGUAAGCGAUAAACUUGCGGAAGAACGUUGGGCACAUCAACAAGCCCGAGCAAGAGAACUAGCAGAGGUAGAAGAUUUCUUCAAUUGAAAUCGAUAAUUUUAUUUGAAUCAUCUCAAUAAGUGGUAUUCCUACAUAAAAUGCAAUAUCAUAAUAAUCCAUCAUCAUGGAUAAGAGUUUAAAGAAAGAAAGAAAAAGUAAGACAGGAGUGUAGGAAAAUAUCAAAUUUUGUAAAAUAUUAUUUAUAAUUCUACGCGUUUUUUAACAUUCGCGAUUGAAUGUAUGUAGGCCAGUUAAGAGAAGGUAUUUUUUAAUACCGUUAAAUCUCUAUUAUAAUAUAUACCAAACAAUUUAUAUUUAUAUUACACUUUAUAAUAACUUUUCCUUAAUAUGGUGCUAUUACUUUAAACUAUUCAUUUUUUAUCGAAUUAAUAUUUAAAAAUUUCGUAAUAAGAUUUUGACUAAAAAAUUCAUUUAAUGAUUUUUUAUAAUUCUCUAUGAAUAAUGUAAACAAAAAUUUACGUGUUUAAUAAUUUUUUAUAUUGUGUAUUUGAAUUUGUAUUUCGAAAUAAUUAUAGGAUAGUAAAUUCAAAUUAAAUAUUUAUAUCUAAUUAAGAUAUUUGAAAAGACUAACUCUAUCGAAAAAAGUGUUAAUUUAUAGUGUGUUAAAGUACUCACACAAUUUGGUUAUCAAGUGCCUUUUCAUAUUUUAUUAUUAUAAGAAUAUUGGAUAUUGCUUGUAGAGUAUUGUGAAGUGCGUUUUAUGAUUUUGUUCUCAAUAUUUGAUAUUAAAUUGAAUUAAAUUGAAUUAAAUCAAA